AAAAAAGGGAAGAGAGAGCAAUACCACCUCAUCCUUGUUCCUCAACAACGUGGAUUACAACAACAUCCAGUACCACCUCAACUCCCUGUCGUGCCUUUCCAUGCGGCUACGGACCCAAGCAGACCUUUGUUCUUCCUGUUGUCGUUCCCUCUCCCCCUGGACAUUUCAGCAGCACCAGCCCAAGGACCAUUGUUCUCGUCUAGAGCAUCCCCUACCCAGUCCUUUCCGAGUUCGAGCAGGUACCGAUGCAAAACUUUCGCGAGAUUCGACCGGCUUCCAUCCCAACCAACGGCGGCCACGAUGUUGAGGGAGUAGCAGCACAACCAGCACUACAGCCACGAGACCACGCUGAGCAGCAACAACAACAGCGUCACACUCACAAUCUCCCCCAUGUCGUUGCCCCAGGCUUUGCAGUUGCUGCCGGAAAUACAGGCCUUCCAAUAUCCGUCCAAGGGCCACAGCGAUUGGAAAGUAUUGUGCUUCCGAGGAGAAAGCGCAGUGUGGUUCAAGCAUGCCGUGACUGCCGCAAGACAAAGGCCAAGUGCGGCGGACAACGUCCCAAGUGCAACAACUGCAAAGCCAAAGGACGACAAUGCGGUUACGAUGGCGAAGAGGGCCAGUCGCGGUACAAGGCCAUGAAGUCGCGCCUGGCACUGCUGGAGAAGACGAUGCAGCAGCUGAGGAAAGCGACGGCCGAGCAGGCGGUGCGCUUGAUUGAGGAGCUGAAGCAGACGCCUGACGAUUUUUUCACCCCCAUGGCGGCUGUUGAUGAGGAUGAGAACAUGAAUACCCCUACCGGCACAUCGCCAUCGACGGUUACGACCUCGGUUGGGAAUGUCUCUACGGCUUCUGGGUCACGGCACAGCUCUGGCCAGUCCAUGACCGGUCUGGCACACCAGGAACGAGAAGAAGCGUCUCCCUUCCGUGAUCGAGCAUCAAUCUCGACCGAGCCGCCCAUCUUGUCUCCGACGCCGUGGCAACCAUGGGUGGACAACAGCAGCACCGCGGUCAAUCCGUCUCCCGGAGGAGCGUUCAGCAGCAGCGAUGGACGACGACAAUCCUUCCCAUCGGCAGCCAUUCAGAUUCCGAUUCCCGACCUCGAGACUACCAACGCCGCUAUCAACGAGUACUUUAUCCGUAUCGACCAGCUCUUCCAGCCCUUUUCCCGCGACGAGCUCAAAUCUCUGCACCGAAUCGCCUCCGGCCUUGACGACUCUACACUGAAUUCUGCCCCCAUGGACCGGAAACGGCAACAGCAAAUAGCCCUCAGCUGCCUCACAGCCGUCGCCUCCCUUGGUGCUCAGUGCCUUAUGGAUGCGCAGACGGACAGCCGGGUUCAAGAACAAGAAGCGUUUACGAAUAUCGCCAGACAUUACUUGGAUGUGGUUAUCGAGCACGCGCCGUUGGACGCAGUACGAGUGUGUGCGCUGCUGGCGGGGACAGUGAUUAUGAACAAGCCUGGGUUGGCGCUCAGUUAUGUUGAAACGGGAAUAAACCUGUUUUCUAGAGCCUACAGGAUGAAUCACGAUGCGGCGCAGAAACAGGCACAACUACUCGAGGCCCAACAGGCGCAGAGACACCACCAGACUCUGGCUGCUGCUGCUGCUGCUGCUGCUGCUGCUUCUUCUUCUUCUUCUUCUUCUUUGCAGGCGCAGCUCGCCUUGUCUCCUCCUGUGCUGCCGCACAAGGAAACAAUCGGCCAUGGAAGAAGUUGGCGGACGUUGGUUUUUCUGGCGAGUUGGCUGAGCUCGGCUCACGGAUACAUUAUUGGUAGCGACUUGUUGGUUGAGAGACAAUUGAGUCCGGAAGCUGAGCCGCCGUAUCCCGAGAAUGCGGAUUUGGUCGAGAUCACAGAAAUAGCCCUGACCCGCCUCUGCUACAUCAAAUCCUUCAUCCUGCGCCUCCGUGCCUCCAACCGGGAUCUUACCCCCCACUCCAUCCGUCACGUCCUCCACUCCCUUCGCCACUGGUACCACACCCUCCCCUCGGCCAUCCAACUCAACUUCCACAACCUGUCUCGCUUCUCGCCCGCCGGUUCGCCCUUCCCCCAGACGACUUCCGGAGUCUCUUCAGGCUCGACCUCCGGCCUCCUCGAAACCCAUCGCUCCAUCCACCACAUCCACAUCCUCUACUCCGACUCCAUCACCUUGUUGUACCGCUGGUUAAUCUCCCAAAGCAUCACCUGCCGGCUGCACGGCAACCACGAGGGACAUCAUGCACUGGACACACCCCUUCGGGAACUUCUCCUGGAGCACGCGGAUGACGCGAUCCGCGUCGCCGGACUAAGCGCCGUGGUGUUGCGGAGAAUGAUUCACAAUGACGAAGAAAUUCUGAUGCCCUCCUGGACGGCUGGGUUCCAGGCUUACACCAGCUGCGCGGUUCUGCUCUGGUCAGUAGUAGGCAAGAUGAUCAACAGCAUCGGUCUUUACCCUCCACAAACAACGUCAAGAGGCACGAGAGGUGAGACAAACGCCAUGAACGAAUGGGAAUACCAGGACCGCUAUGGCUGGCACGGCGAACUCGAGCGUGUACGCGAUUGUCUAGUUGUUUUGGAGCUGUGCGCUCGCUUGGGAGGAGGGAGAGAUGGGGCAGAGAGGUGGUGGAGGCGCAUGAGGGCUUUGCUUGCGGUUGUAGAAUCUUCUGUCACUUACCGACUGUGGGAACAACAGCAGCAGCAUCGGCAACAACAACAACAACAACGCCCGCCGCCCCUGGACCUCGAACCCCAAGAUCGCAGCUACCUCCUUACCCUCCCAUCUCCGCACGCGACUAUGAACUCCAACGGCAAGCCGGUGGCAGUGGAUUACUCCCUCGCUAGAGUCUCGGUUAGUCUGAUAAUGCUCCUACAUCAAAGUUUUGGAGCGCCGGGGAGCCAGAAGCUGGAGGGAGUAGGCGAUGAAGAGUUUGCAGCGGGGGAUUGGGGACAGCACUCUUCGCGGAGAGGAAGUGCAACUGGUGCAGGUGAGAAUAGGAAUGGAAAUGGCAGUGCCAACUUGUUGAGUGGCUUGUUGGAUUUGGAGAGCGAGCAGACGAGUAUUUUGGAAUGGUUGGGGUGGAAUUUGCCUGUGAGUGGUGGAAUUGGGUUGAAUGGGAACGGGGAUGUGCCUGUUGAUCCGGUGAUUUCGGGCGGCUAUCGGAGGAUGGAGCAAGAUGAUCGUCGUGGUAGCGGUGGUGGUAUGGGGAUGACGAGGAUCGACUUGGAGAGGUAGUGAGCCUAGACUCCGAUCUGCAACGAGGUUAAAGUCCAGGUUUUCCAGUUGUUUUGUGCUGUGUUUGGCAUUUGCGUCGAGCUGAUACCAGUGAUAAAAUGCAAGAGCGACCUCGGUGUUGC